AAUGUGUCCUAUUAGUGGGUGUGAGGCGAAAAAGGGAAAGUAGUAGGUUUUCAAGCCACAGAUUGUGCAAAAUAAAAGUCUCAUCUAUUUUGUUAGGAUUUAUCAGACACAUAAUUAUUUGUCUCUGGAUUUAUUAAUUUGAUUCAAGGGCAGGACUAAGGUUGGAUGAAAGGGGGUGUAUUAAAUUAUUCAAACUUUCAAAAAUACAGAAACUUAUUUAAAAAUAAGAAGAAGCGGUAUGAUUGCUAAUGACACAACUCUCCUUCAGAGACCAAAUGAUUUAGAUAGUUAGUAACUAUAGGUCACCGUACGGCCUUCAACAAUGAUAAAAAAACACACCGCAUAGCAAGCUAUAGAAGGCCCAUUUCAAGUAAAAAAAAGAAUAUUUUUUCUGAUCAAAAGGCCCUUUAUCAUGUGUCUAAGCUUCCUUGAAUAUUCCACUGGGAUUAAACACUAAAAAGGCACAGAUAGAACUUUUUGAUGUAAAAUGUUAAAAGUUGCUUUACAAAAUGCCUUUGAACAGAAAAUAAAAAUGAAAAAUGUGGUCUCUGUACUCGCUUUCCCGCUACAAUACAAAAUAAAUGAAUUUGUCCAGUUCAUUCGUUUAUAAUAAAACUCUCCUUACAUUGCAAAAUUUUUAAUGAUAGCAUUUUCUACAUUAACUAUGAUUUCAAUUUAUUUAAAUUUUGUACUGAUGAUUUAAGAUCAAAUAGCAGAAUGCUCUCAUCCUAGAUUAACAGGAAAGUCAACAACUACUAAGAAAUUAAACCUGAAGUAAAGUAUAAGUCUGCACACCUUUCAAAUUUGUGCACUGGAUUAACAAACAGUUUAAGUGCAGACUUUGAAGAUGCACACAUAUACAGUACAGCAAUACCACUAUGUCUAAACUACCCUGGCAAAAAAUGUUUGGACUCAAUAGUUUCUAAUAUCCGGUACGGUGACGGACCAUCAACAGACAGAGAAAAGUUUGAUAUUCCUGAUCACAGCAUAAUGGCUGAUUCACGACAGCUAUGUACAUAAAAUGGAAGUGUUUGCAUGCAAGAUCACUGACCUUGACGGAGAUAGGAAAAGGUUAAAGAUAGACAAUUAUGAUGUUAUCAUAUUGAGACACAAAGGGAUAUUCUAUGCCCUAGACAGUUUCUGUUACCAUGCUGGUGGACCACUGUAUAGAGGUGAUAUUGAAGAUAUUGGUAACCAUUCCUGUCUUGUUUGCCCAUGGCACAGAUAUAAAGUGACAUUACAGACAGGAGAAAAUUUUUACCAGUCAAUUGAUCCUUAUAAUACAAAGAAAGCACCAGUAUGGACCUGUGGAGGUGUAAAACAGCGUACUCAUCAAGUUAUUAUUAAGGAUGAAGAUAUUUACUUAAAACUAUCUCCAUGUUCAGGUGAUCUAGCCUCAGAUCAUUACAACUCACCUGAAUAUAAGUACAAAAAUGAUCUGACCUGAAAAUGAGCAAGAAUGGAGUUGUCUCCCUAAUGUUAACAAUUCAUGUCCUAGUGGUCCUAUCUCAAUAGUGAAGUACAGAAGCACUUGGGGAGCAGAACGUGGUAUAUUGAAGAAAAAUGACUAAAUAAAGCUGUGAAUGCCUUUAUUUGUGGAAAGUUUAUGUGAUACUAAAAAUUCAGUGGGCUUUUGUUUUUUGCCUCAAUCAGAAAUGGUACAAUCCAAUCGAAACAUGCUGUUGGGUAUCUGAUUUCACAGAAACACUGUCAUACCUUAAAAUACUGGACCAUAUGUAUAAAUGUAGACUUUGGAUGUAUAAAACUGGAUUUUACUUAGAGAUAAAAAACACAUAUGGAAUUA